AUGAAUCCAGCUGUGGCCGCGAGCAUCGCCCAUCUUCACAAUAAAGACAACCUCCAAGCGCUCCUGGCCGAGGCGGCCAAUAGGGGCGCCCAUGCCACGGGCGAUGCCGCAGACCAAGUCGCCAAAAUGACUGGCGAAAGCAAGGUGUGGCUUGACACGGUCAACAACACUGUUGAAGGCCACACCAGCAGCUGCAAGCUGUUUUUCAACGACUCCCUAGUGUGGGAGACGGGCUCGUGCCACGACAACACGGUCAAAAUCCAAACCGCACUGCGCCAAGCCGACCCGCGCUUCGAGCUGCGCAUGGCCAAGAAGGACGAGAACACGGUCGAGGGCCACACCCGCAAAUUGAAUAUCAAGUAUCGAGGCGAAACCAUUCUCAAGGAUCACUCCUGCCACGAUAACAUGGAGGGCAUGGCCAGUGUUAUCAACAACAUCUGGUCCACCAACCCUGCCAAGUGA